AUGGGCAUGAACGGCCAGCCGAAAUCCUACCCAUCUAAAAGUGACGUUUCGCGCCAACCCGCGUUUGUUUACUUUCAGCCCGCUUUGGAAGAGCUCAGAGGUGGGGCAACGGCAGGCCAUGGGUCCACAAUAAUCUACGGUUAUUCUGAGAUCACGUGCGACGACCUCCAACUCGCUUCGUCACGUGUGGCGAUUGGUGCGCCAAUGCCCUACUCCUCCACCCAGCGCAAAUCUAACGACCUUGAACUCACUCAUCCCCAAACGACACGUCCUCUUGUAUCGACAAUCCCCAGGCGCAGGAUCAUUCAAGAUGUGAGAAUUACCGAACGAGCGCACGACGAUUAUACUCGCAAUCUCGUUUUGCUGACUUUUUUCCUCAGGGCGACCGAGUUGACCGUCCAGUCGGAGCGUGCUUUCCAGAAGCAGCCUCACAUCUUCCUUAACUCCAAGACCAAGGCGAAGAGCGCCAGACCCGGCAAGAGCGGACGCAGAUGGUACAAGGAUGUCGGUCUGGGUUUCCGUACCCCUAAGACCGCCAUUGAGGGCAGCUACAUCGCGACGUUCGGCAAACCGAGACGAAGACGACGAAUCGAAACGCGACGACGGAUCAUGGAGCCGAUGCGGAAACGCAACAUUGAUAUUUCUCUCCGCCCGAGUAUGCUAACCUCGGUCUUAGACAAGAAGUGCCCCUUCACUGGUCUCGUCUCCAUUCGUGGCCGUAUCCUCACCGGCACAGUCGUCUCCACCAAGAUGCACCGUACUCUCAUCAUCCGCCGCGAGUACCUUCACUUCAUUCCCAAGUACUCCCGUUACGAGAAGCGCCACAAGAACCUCGCCGCCCACGUUUCCCCCGCUUUCCGUGUUGAGGAGGGUGACCAGGUCACCGUUGGCCAGUGCCGUCCUCUGAGCAAGACUGUCCGUUUCAACGUUCUCCGUGUUCUUCCCCGUGCCAGCAAGUCUGUUAAGAAGUUCUCCAAGUUCUAA